AUGAAGUUCCAGCCCCUCCUCUUCCUCGCCCUCGGCGCAACCACCGCCCCAGCCCCAGCCGACGCCGGCCCCACAGUCCCGGCUCGACGCCUCCUCUGCUCCGGCCUCUGGACCGGCAACGACCUCGGCUGGGGCGACAUCAAGUGGGCGAUGCAGAACCGCCGCGACGAGCUGCAGCUCAAGGCGGGCUGGUGGAACGAGGCGAACGCCGACUGCCGCAGCACCGACGGCAGGGACAUUGCGCAGAAGGGCAUCUGGAUCACGUACAACCACCAGCGCGACGACAAGGCCGAGACGGCGCUCAAGUACAACGAAAAGAUUGUCUGCACGCCGCAAAGCUCGUGGCGCCUUAAGUGCAACCCUUCCGGCUGA